AAUACGUUAGCUUCAAGAUCGUUUUAUAAUGCACACCCCGUCUGUAGGGCGGGCCGAUCCUAGUAGAAUGUAUAUAAUAUGGUUUACUAUACCCAAACCUUUACGUAGUAAAUCUAAACCCUAGGCAUUAACCUAUAAACCCAAAUACAAUCUAUAAAUUGUUUUCCAAUAUUAAACACUUGAAAGCACAUUUACUUGGUUAGCAUGUUCCAUAUCUUAUAUUUCAUAUAGUCUAAGUAGUAUAGCAAACGAAUGUUCCAAAUAAUCAAAUUUGUCCAACACUCGAAAAAUGAAUUUCAUAUUACAAUCAAUCACACAAAAUGACAAAGAAGAGACCUAUCAAAUUUAAAAACAUGACAUAUUAUUACAUUUUUAAGGAGUGGUAUAGAAAUAUGUCUCAAAUAUUAUGGUAACUGUACAUAGGUAGCUAUACUUAAGAAUAUAUACUAUACUAUUCAUUUCACCAAAUAUAGUAUAGACGGCGAGUUCAUCUUCUUCAAUUCUUUUUUUAGACAGGCUGAUACACAUUCAUUUCGUUCACCAUCAUUAUUCUUCACUACCAUAUAGUGAUCGUCUUCAUCUCCUCUCUUUUUUCCGACACGAUGAUGCUUUUACCGACUCGCCGUUGUUGUUCUUCACCACUGGAUCUGUAAAACAAAAACAGAAACGAAAACAUAGUAUGUAAACAAAAGCAUGAUUGUGAGAAUCAAUUGAAUUAAGAAAAAAAAGGAGAAAAAAUGAAAGAGUUGUUGUGUGUGCUCACCGUCUACGCUUUCAUCGUUGUCUGUUCUUCACCACUGGAUCUUUAAAAGAAAAACAGAAACGAAAACAGAGUAUGAAAACAAAAGCAUGAUUGUGAUAAUCAAUAGAUUUUUUUUUAAAAAAAAGAAAAGAAAUGAAAGAGUUGUUGUGUGUGCUCACCGUCUAUGACUUCAUCGUUGUCUCUUCUUUAGAACAAUUGAUUGUUCUUUUGGUGAAGUAUUGAAAGAGAAGAAUUAUGUGACAGAAGAAAAUGUAUGAUUUUGUUGAUAAUCUGAAGAAGAAAGAGAGACAGUGGAAAGAGAUGGUGGAGUAGAGACGUGGCGGUGAUAAUGAUGGAUUAGAAGAUGUGGCUAAGAGUUUUUUAUAUAUUUUUUUAACUAUUUUUGUUAGUAGGUUUCACUGGUUGGUUGAGAAUGGUAAUAUGGCAAUAAUCUAUAAUGUGUACCGUGUAUAUUGAAAAAACAGAGUUUUUAGAUAGUGGGUGAAUUAUAAUUUGUUUGAUGGAUGUACGAUGCAAUUCCCCUUAUUUUAAUCUAUAAGAAAAAAAGAAGAGAGGGCAGUUUUUUUUUAAUAGAAAGUUAAACACCCUGUUGGCAACUUUGAAGAAUGACGACAAUGUCAAAUCUUCCAGAGGAAUUGGUAAGGGAGAUACUCUCUAGAGUUCCAUUGACAUCUCUGAGAAAACUGCGAUGUACUUGUAGAACGUGGAACGCUUUAUCCAAAACUCAGGUUUUUGGUAAAGAAGCAGCAAGGAAUCAGUUUCUAGGGUUCACGGUGAUUAAUGGUAGGGUUUGUUCUUUGAGACUUGGUUUCCAAGGAAUCCAUAACGAAGGAGACUUGGUUCAUAAAUCUACAAAGAAAAUAAGUAAACUUGAUCAUACUAAUAUCGAGAAAGUUUUCCACAGUGAUGGCUUAUUGUUAUGCGUCCGAAACAGAAGUAACUUCGUGGUGUGGAACCCGUACCUGGGGCAAACCAGAUGUAUUCCACCCGCCAGUAGUGAUUUCAGAUUUUAUGACAUGUUUUGUUUCGGAUACGACAAGAACAACCGUAACCACAAAAUCUUAAGGUUUUGCUACGAUAAUGAUGAAUCCCUUUUCUGUUUCGAAUGGUUCGAUUUUAAGACUAGUUCUUGGAGGGUUCUUGAUAUCGAACCAGACGUUGAUCUAGAUGUUUACCGAAGUGGGGUGUCUUUGAAGGGAAACACUUACUUUGUUGCUCAAACUAACAGACCAGGGGGUUGUAGACGUUUUACUCUGUUUCGAUUUUACAACAGAGAGGUUUUGGCGGCCUCUGCCGUUUCACUAUGAGCUGUAGAACACGUGGUUCUGUCUUGUGUUAGAGAAGAGAAGCUCGCUGUGUUAUAUCAAAUAGAGAAUACAAUGGAGAUUUGGAUUACAACUAAGAUUGAGUACGAUGAUGUAUCCUGGAGCAAAUUUUUGGAAGUGGAGAUGACACCGCUCAAUGGUUUUGAUUAUGACUUUGAUACUGAAACUGAGAGCUUCUUCAUCGACGAGGACAAGAAAUUCGCUGUUGUUUGGUGCAACUAGAAAUCAACCAACGGAGCAAG